AAACAACGUUAGUGAGGACCGUUGGCAAUUUCCUCGAUGUCAUCCUUAUAACGAUAAAAACUCAAACGAGGUAAGUCUAGGCUUACAAGAACGAUGUUGUUUCUCCAGUCACUGAUUGUUCUCAGUUGAAAGGCUUACUAGAAGUCACGUUGACAAGAAAAUAAUUGCCCGUGAAACGUUUUUGCCCUGAAACGAUAUUAUUUUUUAAUUCCCUGCUCGGCGCACAAAGAUAUUUUUGCAAAAAAACUUCAUUUAAAAUCUGAAAACAACUGGAAUUCUUAUUUGCACGAUCGUAUUAUUACAAAAAGAACAAUUGAUGCGGUAGAUGCAUCGGUGGAUUGUAAGAAUGAUCAAUCUUCCAUUAGAUAACAGAUAACAUCUACCUUAACCCGCUGAUCAAAUCGUGUUGGGCCGUUCUUUCUCCCCAAAUAAGCAAAGAUGGUGCAAAAUACGAGUUCAUUUUCCAAUAUAUGAAAUAUCUCCCUUGAUGGAUCAAAGUAGUGAAUUUCUUGCUUGUGUAUUAAGUUAUUUAGCUGCCAAUUUUAAACACCAGUGUCAGUAACCUGUUCUUCACUUUAAAUAGAAAUAAUGAAGCUGACGAGGUCUGGCUACGGAUUUAAAGCCCUCUUAGUACUACUAUUUCUGGAGAUACAGUACGGAGUUAUAGAAGCCAAAGGUAAAUAGAUUUCCCUGAAAGAUUAUCUGACAUAUUAGCUUCUCUCUAGAUAAAAAGAAAUAGAUCAACUGACAGCAGUGAUUUAUCUAAAACUAACACAAAAACCCUUCAGGAGAGACACACGAAAAGCUUUGAGUCUCAACGCCUAUCGAUUCAAAACUUUAUCGACAUUCAUUGAACCGAACGAGAUUUUAAUACUUCAUUUCGCCAUGUGAUUAAGAUCUUAGUUGUAAUGAAAUGACUUCCUUUUACCAUUGUCAAUAAUUCAUGAUAUUAGUUUCGCCAAUUUCGAAGGAAACACCCGUUUGUAUUUAAAAGUUGACACGGCGCCACCCGCUCUCGUGUAAAUCCCUGCACAAAACACCUUUAGCAACAUUUCAAAAACAAACUAUUUGAAAUUUCUUGGAUAAAUUGUCUCGAAAAGUGUUCCUCAUCCUUAAAUUAGAGACCUGAAGAAUUCACUGUAAAAUGUCCAAAACUAUGCUUUAUAAUCAUCAUUAACUCAUGCCAGCACGAUCUUUUGAGGAUAUUAUAGGACGAUUGUCCCGCCUCAAAAACUUCUGUUUAUUGUAUCCCUUGAACCCAUUAAAUUUGCGUUUAUUAAACUUAAGGUGGAUUUCCACUGUUGGAUAAUUUUUAUGUGCGGACGCAUGUUAAUUAACGCACGCAAAAUAAACAAUAAAAUAAAAUAGAGAAUAGACAAUUGGUUGCGUGUUAACGUUAAAGUUUAACCUCGCUCAACGUUUGCGCUUACGCGCGACCUUUCAUAAUUUCUUUUUUAUUUAAGCAUUUACUCUCAUUUAUUUAUUUAUCUUAUUUAUGUAAAUUUUAAGAGCGUACGCACGAAAAAAUUCACGACGGUUUCAAAUACUGUUCGGGUAAAAUUAAAAAAAAAAUUACCCGAGCGGCCCGUCGUUUUCAGAUUUAUCUAAAAUUGCCUACAGUCUAAUGUUUAUUACGCGGGUCGGUCAAUGAAGCCAUGAUUUUUCUGCCCACUCAAUAAUUAAAAGGCUCCUUUAAAAAAAAUAAUAAGCAGAAUCAUAUACCGUGACUAAGACACUGUUCACAGGCCAUCUUGGAUGCAAAGAGAUCUGGGGUUGAGUGAGACUUGGUAGCCAUGGGGUUGAAUUGUAUUAUGGCACUGUUUAUAGGACGCUAGAAGCUGCAGUAAAAUUUCCCCCCCAAAAGCAGUCCCAUAUUGCAGUUCGACAUACCGGUCCCAUUGCGCAUUUCGACACACCAGUCCCGUCACAACCAAUACCUAAAAAUUGCCAGCAUUCCUUGAUCAGGAGACUACAGGAUAGACAAUUUCUUCACCAGAUGUAAAAAAUGAAGAAUUACGCUUUGCCUACCUACCUUCCAAUCAUUACAAACCUUUUCAUUUAAGUGUUAUUUAUGGAACAGUUUUGUUUUCUCGCCAGCUAUCAAGACAUCCAAACAUGAUGUUCACAAAAGCGGAAGCAAGAAGAACAACGGUAAUUUUUUUAACGAUAGGAAUUAAAAAUAACUCAAACAAGCGAUAACCUAGGUGAUUGCUUAUAGGCAAGGCAUUGUAACUGCAACGCUAUAUCACAUUCAGUAAAGUCCAAUAUUAAGAUCACGAUACGUUGCUGAGAAACUGCCCACCUACCCCUCCCCUAAGCCAACAUUUUGCCCUAAGUGAAAAGUAAGUGUUAAUGUUAGCUUAGGGGAGGGGUAGGUGGCAAUGAUCCCACUAUAUUUUUGGCGAAACUAACUGUCCUACUUUCACCCACUAGCCCCUAAGGGUGAUUUUUGUGUGGAUCAUUCAUACUGCCCGAAGUACAGUGACUGGGACUGCGCCUCACAUUGGGUUCAGCUAAACUGCCCUCGGAUGUGCAGACUUUGUGAAUACGAGGGUGAGUUAAAAUAUCCCGAAAUAAUCGCUUUUGAAAUAAAUGAAAUUCAGUUGAAUAUACUUAGCAUAAAAGUCAUAAUGGUACUUAUAUGGGAAUGUGUACUCCGAGGUGUUCCUUAAUUUGUUAUGCCCUGACAUUUCAACCGAAUUAAGAAGAAUGAACAAAAAUUAAAACAAGUCCUCCACAUUCCACUGCCAAUCCCCCCCCCCCCCCCCCCCACGUUCGAGCUUCUUCAAGAGUGGAUUUCGUGAACAGUCGCCAUUUUCGAACGUGUUUCACACGUUCCUUUUCGGGUAGUGAGAGGAGAUAACCGGAAAUACGGCAGCGUUUGCAGGCUUCUUCAAGAGCCAGUCUCUUCCGGAGUUUCACAGUAAGUUCUUUUUAAAUAAAUGUCGCGAUCGUUCUUCCGACGAGAGUACAUCCUUCCUGAAACCAUCCGUUUAUCUGAAUUGCCACAAACCUUUAUUUUCAAAUGUGGAAAGGUACUCAAAACCUCGACUUUUCACUUAAAAGUUGAUAAAACUGACUUUUUUCUCUGUUUAACCCCCUUCUGGUAGAGCACCACAGUUUUUAACGGAUUGCAAAAAGGAAAACCAAUUAUCGCAAAUUGGAGCAAGUUUCAAGUAAUUUGGUUAUGGCUGCUUACCUACGUGAAUGGCAAAUAAAUCUCGCGCCAUUUUCUUCGCCAAUCACGUCUUGUCGAAGGCGUUUUUAGUCACUUUAGGUCAGCUGCUUAUAUUUGCUUCGAUUUGCAAUGUCUGUGUCUUCCAUGGUUUGUCAGUGUGUUACCAUCGGCUUUGGGUUUACCGCGAGAGGCGGAAAAACACUGUAAAAUGCUAACCACGUAAUCACUAUGCAGGUCCUGAUCUCAUGCAACUUCCAGCCGUUUUGUACAUCAAAAAGGGAGACAAAAAGCAUGGAAUCUCUGGACAGAGAAAACAUAAGAGCAAACAUACUUCAAAACAUAAGGUCAUUAACAAGAGAGAUGAGACCCCCGGCGGUAGACGAGACGUAGUUUUCCUCAGCAACCCUUACGACUACCAACCAACCGAGAGGCCACCGACAACCAGUUACACUCUUUUUAAUUAUAAGAGCAACUACAGGAACUGGCAAUUCCUGUUUCCUGAGGAGCAUCCUGUAUACUUGAAAUAUGCCGAUAAGUCUGCUGAUCCUAACCAGCAAGCGUCUGCACAACAGCAGACUGGGGCAAGUACGGACGCGGCGGGUAUGCCUGCGGCACCUGCAUACGGUGCCUCACCUGCCGCUCAACCAGCAGCCCCUGCUUCCCCAGCUAAAGCUCAACCAGUGGUCCCCGCAGCCCCAGCUACGACGCAAUCGGCCGCCCCUGCAGCUCCUGUAGCCCCAGCUUCGGCCCAAGCAGCUGCUCUUGCACCUGCAGCUUCAUCUGUGCCGCAGACGGAUGCAUCGGCAGCUGCUGCUCCAGCCGCUCCUCCUGCUGCAACAGUGCCUCAGGCUGAACAGACAGCUGCUGCAGUUGAACAACCUGUCGCACAGGCAGCAGAAUCUUGGGCAGGUAACCAGUCUGUAGACACCAAUCGGUCACAAGAAUUCCCUCCUGCUGCUGGCAACCAGACCAUUGAGCUCCUUAACCAAACGGUCACGGUGGCAAACAAUACCCAGGAACCUGGGUAUGGCUUUCAGCCAGACGUGGCUAAUGAGACCCAGUCGAAUGAAACAGUCUUGAUGGGAGCCUAUGCAGGGAACAACACUGAAAACCAAACAGUCGCAACAGGUAAUGAACAUAUGUGAUUUGAUGAUCGCUUCGUAUUCUUAAAAGAACUUUGCCAUUUAAAAGCAAGUCAAAGUAAGUCAAAAGCUAAUGACCAACGCCGGAGCCUAAGGAAAUGUCUUAUAAGAUGUGGCUAUGUUUAAAUUUUCACAAUAAGGUCAGUUGGAACCACACCUUGAACCAAAAAGCUUACUGGAUUUGGGAAAGCCGAAAAACGUUUUCGGAAAUGCCUUCUCUGGAGUAGACCGUAGGGCGACCAAAAGGUGCCUUUCUGUUAUUCCAUCGCUAUAAACAAGUCUAAUUCAAGCGCUAGACCAACUUAAUUUUAAAAAUCCCAAUACAAAUAUCACUACGUUAUGAGUAUUAUUUUGUUGUUGUGGAAUGUUUCAAAAGGCACAAACUUUCGUGUAUAUUUUAUUGCACAAGGUAACAACACAUCAUUGGUCGAGCCACUGCCACUGAAUUCAGUUCUAACAUUCUUCAUCAGUCAGCCCACUUCAAACGAAUCACUUGCACAAAUGCAGUCUGGGGUACAGUCGCAUUUAUUAAAUGAUUCACUUGCACAAAUGCAAUCUGGAGCUCGGCCGCAUUUAUCAAAUGAAUCACUUGCACAAUUGCAAUCUGGAGCACAGCCUCAUUUAUCAAAUGAAUCACUUGCACAAUUGCAAUCUGGAGCACAGCCUCAUUUAUCAAAUGAAUCACUUGCACAAUUGCAGUCGGGACCACAGACGCAUUUACCAAAUGAAUCACUUGCACAAUUGCAAUCUGCAGCACAGACACAUUUAUUAGCACAACAUCUGCAAUCACUCCUAAAUGCUUCACCGCUAGUUCAAGACAAAGCAUCCAAAGAGCCACCAAACACAUCACCUCCAGUUUCGCUGCCACCAUCCUCAUUUCACAUGUCAGCGGAAGAGGUAAAUUCUGAACAUAAACUUCACGUUGAUAACACGGAUGCAUCUAGUGAAAUGAAAGGUCAUUUUAGUCCUAAUGGUGCAAGUGUGACUUUGUCUGGACCAGGUUCUUUGGACGUCACCUCCACCGGCCAGUCAUUUACUCAGGAUGUUACGGUUGAUUCUGACGGAGCUGUCUAUACUCCCUGGACAUGCUGUAGAAAGGUCCCGCGGCCGAAAGAUUGCAAACCAUGUCCCGAAAUGCCAAAGGCUCCCCCAAGUGAGUUAUAUACAUUUUUUAUCUUCUUGUAAAUUUUUACUGGGGGGCCCGUCCCUUGAUUAUUUUUUGGAGAAAGUUAGGUCGCAGAGGCAAGGCACCGAGAUACUUCAUUUGGACUAGAAGGGGCCUUCAUGCCACCGGUGUGGACCCGAGAUUAUUUGAUCCUGUUCCCUCAGGGGAUAUAUAUCACACCGUGAAUAGUAAGAUUUUUAGGGAAGUAAAUGGUUUCAUGUACGGAUAAAGUUUCCACCAAUAAUGCUGAAUAACAACUAACGUUGAACGACGAGUUGUUUACUUAGCACUAAGCCUAUGAUUUUCCUGGCGCAAGACAGGGACAGUCCAGGCAUAGUAUAUGGUUCACGAGUCCCAUCGUUAAUUGAACAGAGCUACCCUAUAACGCAUGGAAUUUGAGUACAACACAUGUAGUGGCAACUCAACAGCCGUUUGCCUUGUUGCAAAGAUCUCAGUAUCAUGUAAGGGACAACGCCACUCGGGCGAGUUUUAACUGGACUCUCUCACAAGUCUUUUUACGUUUAGGGCCUGGUAACUCAAUUAAGACUCCAAAAAAAGACCACUAGCACUGAAUUUUUCUCUGGUUACUUCUUAUUGCACUUUUAUGUCUACAAACAAAUCAAAGUAAGCUUUGAAUGUUAGAAACCGUUGUAAGAGUUCCUCACGGAUGACUCUCUUCUUGUGGCCUCUUAAGUCGCCUAUUAAGGGAUAGUAUUAAACAGGUUGUUACCAAAUACCUUGAUUUUUGUAAAUGGGAUGUAAUAUCAAGAUUAUCUUUAUUCGAGAAUUAUGUUGAUUUUAUAUUACAGUGCCUUACGUGUUUAACGUGUACUGUGACGACCUCUACAAAGACUGUGGUUAUGGUUACUCAAACUGCAAUGACUCCUGGUGGCAAAUGAACUGUCCUGCAACCUGCAACCUCUGCAAGGGUAAAACUAUUUCUAACCAAUCUAUUUUUAGCGCUCUCUAAUGUAUAAGCCUGUGCCACAGAAGAAACUUAACUCUGGUUAAGUCCGUUUGCGAAACAGCGCGGAAAUCGUUGUCCUGGGCCCCCACCUGUGUAUCUGGAUUUGAGUACGCAUCAUGACUGGUCUGAUAAAAAGUCAUUGUCGAUUUGCUAAUUGGGAUGAAAGGAAAUUUGAAAAGCACUUCCCGUAAAACGUUAAAUCCGUUGGGGGGUCCAGAGCAAGGAUCUCUUCGCUACUUCGCAGAUGUAACUAACCGAGGUUAAAUUACAUUGUACGUCUGAGACGCAAGCUAUAAUUGUAUGUGAAAGGCAAAGAAAUUGGCCUCUUUAGCUUGAAUUUUUUUGUUUUCCCAAUGAACGUCUCAGGGGAAUUCGACCCUUUGUGUUGUAUUCACGUGAAGGAGACGAAAUUUGAAAGAAAGGACAAAAGAGUUUUUUCACAUGACCUCCAUUGAGAAAACAAAACACACAAGAGGUCUAAUAUCAUGGUUGCAACAAACAGUCACUUUGACACUUCAGCAGGCCCACUGCCAGAUUGUUUUGUGGCCGCUCGGUCAACCACAUAGUCUAACAAUAUAUACCACGAUAAAAAUGUCUCACGACGCUCAAUUCGGAAACGACUACAAGGGUUAUGUUGGCAAAUUUAAGCCCAAAAUCGUUUCAUCAGAAAAAACCCAUACCCUUGCGUGAUGAUAUCAUUGCGUGAUGAUCUUUGCUAGUCUGAAACCGGUCAUAUUUUGCAGCCUUCUUCCAACAUUUUAGGCUGGGCCUUGGUUGAGGUCUCAUAAUAUUUUAAGAGCGUGAAAAAAUAUUUUGUGGCAAACAUCGUCUUUGAGGUCACCAAAGUAACUGUUUGAAAGUACCCCGCAUGCAGCCAUCUAUACGGUAUACCUAUUGUUCGGUUGAUAACAAAGAACAACAGGCGGCGGAACAAACGGUGUUUGAGGCCACUAAAGUAAUCCUUUUCACAAAGUCGAAAAUAACACAGUCAACUCUCUCUCUAAGACAGAUACCUUUUGGACCAUCACUAAGUGUCCGUCCAAGAGCGAUUAAAAAAAGUGGGGACAACUCUAUAUGUCCGUUUUACCAAGGUGUCCGUCUACUAUAAGAGAGUCCUCUACUAUUACUAUUUUACACAUUCCUUUCUGUUUUAGCCAAGGAUAAAAAAGAGUCUGCGCCAAAAACGAAGGAGAUAAUGCCCAGUGAAGUAAAGGACCUCGACACAUCAGAAUUGCAGUCGGAUCUGAUAGCACCCGUUGCAAGCGACAAGCCCCUGGUGGCCAAAUACACUCUCCGAGUGAAGCCCAAACUUGUGAAUGGUGUACCUCAAAUGCAGGAGAUCAGGAUCAUGCCGCCAAACAAAACUACAACCUCGGCAUUUGUUAAGCCACUUAUGGUACUCAAACAGAAUAUCACAAAGCCAAUGAUCGAGAAUAUUGAGAUCGACGUGCCUAAGAAGGGAGCAAAGUACAGCCGUAAGCCGAGCGUGGAGGUGAUCGAAGGUGAUCACAAGGAGACGCUGGAUGUUACUAGAGGAAAAGCCAUUGUGGAGGACGCUGCGGCACAAAGAUCUGACACAAAAGCUGGAGGUACUGACUAUUAAAAUGCUAUGAAUAAAGGGGUUUAUUGGCAGUUUGUCUGUUAAUUGCCAAUAGGACAGGCGCAAUUAACCUUUCAGCGUCCUAAUGCGGAACCUUCCUUAGCGGAGCGUUCCUGGGGCCAGAAAUAAUGUUCAGUCGGGAGAGGUGUUCUCUAAAAAUGUCCCUGUAGUUGAACUUGAUAACGUUUAGGGUGCUCACAACAUAACUGCAAUAAUGUUUCUAAGUACUUCGAAUACGUCCAAACUGUAAUAGAGAAGAGAAGUAAGCACCUUUAUGCUCCGAUGACUCCAUGUAAGUUCUUCUAAAAUAGGCUUAAAUCGUAAAAUCACGAUCCAAGCCAAUCCUAAUGAAGUCAUCAGAGCAUAACGGUACCUACUUCUCCCCAACUAAUAGGCCCUUUGCAGCUUGCCAUUCUCGUGGUACAAAACCGCCAUGCUGGGACGCAAAAGUCGCACUGGGACAAAACAAACAAAGGAAAUUACCAUUUAAAAUUAUGUAUGCCUUGUCUUGGUCUUACCCUAGUGCGACGUCCCAGCAUGGUGGUUUUGUACCACGUGAAUGGCAAAGGGCCUAUUCUCACUAACAGACUGAUUUUUGGCAAGGAUUUUUUCAGCUUGUUCUUUCUGAAUAUACCAACCAAUCCCAUAAGUUCAAAAACUUGAAUUUUUGUGACGCCACACUUCUCUACCCUUUAUGAUCAACUACAGAACCCGAGGAAGUCAAACCUUUAGAAGAUACACAGGCGCCAAAGGUUGCCUCAGAUUCUCAAAACUCGACGGUGACUCAGUCUAAUGCAACCACUUCAGCCGAACAAACUUCUGCCACACAAGCUUCAUCAGCUCAGACCCAGUCUGCCUCCACUGCACAGACCGCUGACCAAACAUCUGCUAAUACCCAGUCCUCUUCAGCUACGCAGACAGCUGCCUACGCCAAUGGUAUGCUUUGCUGUAAUUUCAAGUUCAAUAUUGUAGUUUACUAAAAUAUUUAUAUUCGGAGAAAUGCUGCACAAGUCGAGUACAUUAGAAAGUUUCACACUAACUUUUACCUUGAAAGUACAUGCGCCAAAGGUUAAUACACCUUUUCUCCAUAUUUUUUGAAGCUAAUUCUUGCAGUGACGACAGCAGAUGCACCACGUACCUUGAAAACCAAUGCUCAGAUGCCUGGCUGAGAAGAAACUGCAAGAGAAAGUGCAAGCUGUGCUAAGAUGAAGGUUAUUAAGUUUUAAAUCCCAUUCUCUAUCCUUUUAUGAAACUUUGGCAUCUUUUCCCAAAUCUCAUCUAACUGGUAGAAUAUUGAUAAGGUUCAGGAUUCAUCCUUGAUUGCCAAUGAGGAAUAAUUAGAGCAAAUUAAUCAACAGAAAUAAGCUAUCUGACAAAGUUAUACUUUUCCCACUUUUUUAAGGCCUAUUGAAUCAAACACAGUGCAAAUCCAGUCAAAUCCAGAGGCGCUAACGAAAACUCAAAACUGGCUUGCCAGACCGUUAAUUUUCAAAAUAAAAUAUUUGGUCUUCCAUAAACUUUUUCACUAAUCAAACACCCUUCACUGCGUGAGCAUACUGUAUGGGAAUAGACUGAUCUGGCGACCAAUGGUCCUUUAUAUGCAUCAUGUUGGAUUAAUUUAGGUUUCCGGGAAACUGCCCACCUACCCCUCCCUUAAGCUAACAUUAACACUUACUUCUUAUCUAGGGCAAAAUGUUAGCGUAGGGAAGGGGUAGGUGGGCAGUUUCCCAGAAACCUAAAUUGAUCCUGAAUGUUUACGUCAGACGAGCAAAUUUCACCACCAAGCCUCGUUUUGAAAUUGAAAGUUGUUAAGUUUUGAAUAAAUACUGCCCACCUACCCCUUCCCUACGCCAACAUUUUGCCUUAAGUGAGAAGUAAGUAUUAAUGCUGGCUUGGGCAGUUUCUCAGAAAGGUAAAAUGAUCCAAAUAAAUUCCCAAGCAUGCAUUAGGGCCAUUGAGGUUAACUGGGUAGCUGACCAUCUACUCCUCCCCUGAGGCACAAUUCUGUCCUAAGUGAGAAGUGUUAAUGUCGACUCAGGGGAGGGGUAAGUGGUCAGACGAAUGGACUGGUCUGGCCAGUAAGUUCUGAUGAAUGGUAAUGCCAGACCGAAGCCGAAACGGUUUAAAUUGCACAAGUCUGCACCGUGGAGUUUGAUUCGUGCGUGUCGUGCGACACUCAGGAAACGGUUUUCAAACGUUGUAGAAAUAUGUCACGAAGGUGACGGAACCUUGGUCGAGUAGAAUAGGUAGGGUGAGGAGUGCUUUAACUAGAUUUCUCAAUACUCUAAGGUCCUGUUUACCUGGGGGUGUAGAACAGAAGGUAGGUGAGCUAACCCGCGUAAUAUAGGUAAUAUAGACAGGCGGUUUACCCUGUCUGAGCGGGUUACCCCAUCUACCUGAGGUCCCCCACCUCCACGUAAACAGUCCCUAACUUUCUUCUGACGUUUUUCCAUCCAGGGUUUAGAAACUGCAAGUCCGUAAAAGACGACACCUGGAGUCACUACACUGCCCAGACAGAAAAGCAGAAAAUUGUGAAAAACGAUAACAAUUUAUUCUACUUAGUGGAGACGUGUUGUCCAUAAAAAGAGUGCGUAUUUCGAGCUCAUCAUUAUUCCUGAAAAUGUCAGUCUAAUGAUUAAUUACGCGGAUUGAAUGACUUGAGUUGGUGUUAGAGGUCACUUUCUAGCAUACUUUUCUAGUCUUUUUUCAACGAGAUAAUUUUUGCUUUGCCCAUUUAAUAUAUUCAAGAUUUUUGGAGAGAAUCAUGUUUUGCUGGAGAUCAAGAUGACGAAGAAGCUGCUUCGUUUGGGUGCUGUAUUGUUACACAAUUCAUUUUCGCUUAUUUAACUGUGAAUUGAAUGUUUAUGUUUAAUAAAGCCAACCUAAAACAUGAUGUCGUGCAGUUCGUAUACCCUUUAUUUACCACUCUAUACUUAAUUUGAAGCACUCGCCUAUUUUCUACAUCGAUCAGUAAGUGCUACGACAACCUCAAGUGUAAUUAUGCACUUUAGAAAAAAAGAGAAGAGAAUGAGGAGCGGCAGAAAAAAGCGACCGCAGUCGACCUUUUUCAGCACCUUGAAAACUAGAAUCAUAUUCUCAUUAAAUUUUUGCGAACGAUUUUUACGUUCUUUUUGGAGGAUUUAGACUAACAUGAAACACUUUUCAUAUUGUUUAAUUUCGUUUAUCGAAACACAGCUUAAGUAAUUUUGUUGGAUCAAAUUCUCAUUAAAUUUUUCCAAACGAUUUGUACCUUCUCUUUGGAGGAUUUAGACUAACACAAAAUGCUUUUCAUAUUGUUUAAGUUCGUUCAUCUAAACACAACUUAAGUAACUUUGUUAGAUGUAGAGGAAGGUAAUGAUUGAAGACUUAAGUUGAAAUUCAAUAUUUGAUGAGCCUUACGGGGAUAAUUUCCUUAUUGUAUUUUAAGUACUUGCUGGUGAGGCUUUAAAGGGCUGGUGCUUGUUUGUGGAGGUGAAAGUGAUAUGUUUUGAGAGUAAGGAGAAAGAAAAAUCUCAGCCCCCUACAGGUAUAUUCUAGUGCCUCGAGCCCACGAUCAUCCCACAAAAACUCGUCCUUGGGAAACAGACCGUUAAUUAAAAUUCUAUUAACAUCGAACACGCAUUCUGCUUGGCUUUUCACCGUCGAGCAAACCCAUCUGGGGUCAUAAAUAAAAUGAGGAUGGUUAGUUUUACGGUAAUUCGAAUUAUAUGAGAAGAUCAACUUUAAGCGUGGAGUAAACAGUUUUACAUGAAAAUUAAGAGUGAAUAAAGAAGACGGGACGGGAGUCAUCAUAUGUCACAAGCUUAGGAACGAUCAAGGUUGCCUCAUUGAGAAACGUGCGUGGGUUUUAAUUACUUUCCAAUUUAGUUACUUAUUUUACCAAAACAGGCUGGAAAGCAACAGUCAAAUCGUUCCGGUUCACUGAGCAGGAAAGUCACCAGUUGAAAUGAAAAGGUGCCUUGAAUUUUCUUGAUCUUACGUCUUCGAACGUGCUUUACGAUAGAAACGACUAUCCAAGAAGACUGUUAAUUUCACCGCUAACAAAAUGAUCAAACUUGCGUUAUUUCUAGCUUGCUUGUCAGUGAUCGAUGGCAGAAUUAUUGUUCGGGUUAUUAGAGGUAAGUUUUAGUGACCUGCCGGUUUCAUAAUUUUCAAGACAAAACAAUUUUGGACACGAAACUUUGAUGUUUCUAGGAUGGGUCAGACUUGAAAUAAAUAUAUUACCUUUUAGACCGAGAUUUUUCAUAAAGGUGAAUCAAAUUCAAAUUGUUCUUGAAAAUAAGAGUUUACAGGAUUGAACGAAUCAGAAACAGAUUACGAUAAACAACAGAUUUAAGGUGGAUAUAAUUAAGAUUGAACUAGGUCACACACUGGUGUACAUCUAUUUUAUAACAGAUGCCACCAAACUAUGCUGUAUUAAAGCUAGUAACUAUAUUAAUUGCGCUGAAAACUCGGACAGUCUUUACAUGGAUCCAAGAGUAAAAAAUAGUGUGUGGUGAACUUUUCCUUUAGCAGCGUAACAAUAAUUGAACGAGGAAUAUAAAUGAAGCCAUACCAAAGACUGGCAGAGUUGAAAGUAGCGUAACAAUAAUUGUACAAGGAAUAAAAACGAAGCCAUACCAAUGACUGGCAGAGUUAAAAUAAAGGAAUGGGAUGAAGAGAGAGAGACAGUCUUGGAGUUACGUUCUUACGAACCUAUGUUGGAAGGGAGAUUUAUCGAUGGUGUUGAUAACACGAACUUGCGGCUUACGUUUCGCUUUACGUAAGAGCAAGUCCUUGUAGCAAUCUCUUCACGGUCGCCCUUUUUCCUAGUCAUCUGAGUUCGUAAAAAAAUAUUUCAUGUGUUUUUGCAAAAUGCUAAAAGAGGCCAAAUUUUGCUAAAACGUUAAAUUCUUAACUUCAGGGCAGAAUAUUCUACACGUUAAUGAAAAUUCCAAGCAUUCUUUAAAAGCAAAUUGAAAGAAAAAGCUGUUCAUGCAUGUCAAGCCUCAAAGUAGCACCUGUUACGAAUUUGGGGUUUUCAUUUCAACCCUAGUGGUCAGCUGGGUUCAACUCCUGUCAUAGAUGAAUAUUGCUCACCAAGCCGACGCCUUCUAUGAUUACUAUGUGACCUCGGCCGACGAUGUGCUGUGUGACCACAUCUGAAGAUUUCAGCGACGGAUUGAAAAGAUUGUAAAGGAUAAUACUUGGCGACUUUCAUUUAUUAUAAACACGUUCCCUUUUAGGAUGUGCGGCGAAAAGUUUCAUCUUAAACUAGUAAUAAUUGCAAAAUAGGGAAGUGCGUUCGAUGGGGAUGCGGUGGGUGGGUGGUGAGUGGUAGUGGUAAGGGGGUGCAAAAUUUGAUGAACUUGUAAGAUUAAGAAACCAAAUCAAUCAUUUUGAUCAAUAUGAAUAACAGCAGCUGUCUUAAUCAGUAAUACCCGCGGGAUCUUCCGCGGGACUCGGGGAGUGAGCGUUCUCCUUCGUCGAACGCAAAACUAUAAGAAAUUGCUUUUCAGUGCCCACGACUCACAAGUUAGAACUACCUUUUUAUAAACAGUACCACAGGCAACUACUGCUCAGUAGAUUAUAUUUGGAUGGUCACUAUUUACAAUUCAUUCGAAGGGCCAAAAUUUAAAACCAUGCUACAUAGCGCACAAAACAGAACAAAGAAUAGCUUCAGUAGCUCAUUUGAAUCCUAUUACCUAGACUGAACUGUUACAUCUUUGGGAAAAGAUGGCCUCUUAAAUUCCAGCCUAGUUAGAGAAUACGCUUGCAUUCUUACAGAAGCAGAUGUAAACGCCACAGCCUCGGAUCUCACAAAUGCAACGGCGAAGCCGUCUCACGAUCCUCCAGAACUGUCAGAGUUCCAGUCGGAUUUGGUCGCCCCCGCUUCCGGAACCAAACCGUUGCAGGCAAAAUAUACCAUUCGAGUAAAACCGAAGUUAAAAGAUGGUGUCCCACAGAUACAAGAGAUUCGGAUCAUGCCACCGAAAAGUAAUGCAACGACGGCUUUUGUCAAACCUUUGAUGGUGCUCAAACAAAAUGUUACCAGGCCCAUGAUCGAGAACAUCGAGAUUGACGUGCCAGAGAAAGGGAAAAAGUUUAGUUCCAAACCAAGCGUCGAGGUGAUCGAAGGUGACCACAAAGAGUUGCUGGAGGUUAACAAAGGAGAAGCAACUGUGGAAAAUCCGGCCCAGAAGUCAGAGACUACGUUACAAGGUAUUGUGGCAAGACACACUUACCAACGCAUGCACACAUGUGGAAAAGAGCGAAGCGCAAGGGCUUAUUUUCGUUACAUUGGUCUUGUAGUCAGUGAAGUCCUUUUUGAGCAUGGCAUUACGAAGCCAUGCAACGCUGUAGUUGAAGGGAAAGUUUCGUAGGGGAGGUUUCCCCGGUAGUGUGGUCUACCUUUCAAGCAUCAUUCAUAUCAUGGGCUAUGGGUGGGUUAAGUAAGCUCAUAAAUGGACUGAUAGCGGCUGCCACUGGCGCCAUUGUAUGUUGACAUCUGAACUUACUGUUAACAUGUUAAUAUAAUGUAAAGACGGCGCGUCUUGUCAAAAAAAUCCACGACAUUAUAUAACAUUACAAAAUAACCGAAGUAAUAACUUAAAAAGCUGAUUUCUGUUUUGUACUAGACUUGAAGAAAAAGAAAGCGUCACUCUGGAACUUGAAAGGAAGUUUCGUCUUUCCAUACGUUCUUUUCUAUUUUCCCAUGACGAUAUUGAAUUCGCUAUUUUUUUUACAGAUCAAAAUGACAAUACCGCAGCAUCCAAUUCCCUGAAUGCAACAGAUUCGUUAACAUCUCAGAAUGCUACGACACCAUCCACUUCUCCAAAUGCUACAGUAUCGUCGACCUCACAGGACGCACCGGCAAACAGCUCCACAACCUCAACACAAACAGCAGCGGUUUCCCAAAGCACGAAUAUUCAAACCACCACCCAGACCCAGGCCUUUUCCUCCACCUCAGAGAGUGCACCCGCGGUGGCCCCUCCAGAGGCUCCAUCAGCAGCCUCUGUUGCAGCCCCUGUAGCAUCAUCUUCCGUUGCAGCUUCAUCGACAGAAGCAUCCCCUGCUCCUGCCGCAGCUUCAGCUGUAGCAUCAUCUCCUGCAGCCCCCGCAUCCGCGGCAGUAGCUCCAGCAGCAGCUUCAUCCUCAUCAGCAGCAUCCCCUGCACCUGCCGCAGCUUCAGAUGUAGCAUCAUAUGCUGCAUCCCCUGCAUCGGCAGCGGUAGCUCCAGCAGCAGCUCCAGCUGUACCUGCCGCAUCAGUAUCAGCUGCUACAGCCCCAGCAGAAGCUUCUGCAGCGGUUGCAGAUCCAGUACAAGCCUAUGCCAGGGCGUACGCCAAUGGUGAGUAAACAAUCCACUGAUAUGAGGUAUUGAGACAGAACCCAGUGAAAGAGGUUCCAGUUUCAACGAAAUAGUCUGGAGAAGUCCGAUUCUUCCCAGCAACCCACAUUUUUUUUCAUGGUUCAACACGUUUCUUCAGGAGGAAGGAUUAGCGCAGUUGGUUAGUGUGCGGCCUUCGGAGGGUCCCGCGGAGUUCGAUUCCUAAGUGUGACCUCAAAUCCUUCUUUCGACUUCUUUCCUUUCCGUGUGCCUUUAAGUAGCUUUAAAUACCCGUUAAACGGAGCACCGAUGGAGAGAGGGGGAUAACAUGAGCGCACCGUCGGCCUCAGUGUUGUUAGUCAGAUGACCAUUUCGAGCUACCGACGUAAAAAUUAAUAAGGACUCUUUGCCUUAUUUACCUUUACGUUUCUAGCUUUGUAAUAGGCGGUGGUAAUUACCAUUUUGAAAGAUGGGUAGGCUUCUGCACCUCAGCUUUCAGAUAAAGGUAAAUAGGACGUUUGGCCUGCAAACAGGACUCAACGGGUAGAGGUUGAGAAAGUUUGAUCUGAAGCUGAUGCACGUUAAGUAUCCCAGCCGGUCAGGUCAAGGAUUUUCUUUGCAUAAAGAUUUGAUAAAAAUGUUAGGCAAAUUAAUACUUUGCUUUGGGUUUUUUCCUACUACAGUUCCCCAGUCGUGCAGCGACGAUACGCGAUGCGUUGUUUACCCCGGAGACCGCUGUGGAGAACAAUGGUUGCAGACAAACUGCAGGCUCAAGUGCAAACUCUGCUCAAAAUAA